UAUCUUUACGAAAAUAUGGAAUUGAUUUUCUCUUUUCACAUUUUCAGAGGGAAAGUGCUCAAGUGUUCCGGUUGCCAAUAUGUUUAUUAUUGCGGUCGCGAGUGCCAGACGAAUGCAUGGAAAAUUCAUAAAGCAGAAUGUCCAUGUCUGAAACGAGCUGCUGAUAAAAUAGUCCCCGAUGCGGCCCGCGUAAUGGCACGGAUCAUUCUAAAGCUCAACGAUGGCGGUGACGCGGAGAAAGGAUAUUACACGGAAAAGUUCUACCGAAAGUUUAAAGAUUUGAUGUCACAUUCACCCGACAUUCAGUUGGAUAUUGAGAGAAUUGAGCAUGUGGAAUCAUUAACAGCUGUAUUACAAGAUAUUUUAACUGUGGACUUGAUGCCAAAUCAAACGGAUUUCUUGGCAAUUUACGGUCGGAUGAUUGUGAACGCAUUUAAUAUUUUAGACCAAGAAAUGAAUUCAAUCGCGACUGGUAUUUAUUUAGGUGUAUCAAUCACAGAUCACAGCUGCAAACCCAAUGCAGUUGCCACAUUCCAAGGCACAACACUUUUCAUUCGAACAAUUGAAGACCUUCCCUCUACAAACGAUUGGUCAAAAAUAUUCAUAUCGUAUGUGGAUUUGAUGGACCCCACUGAAAUUCGGCGGCAUGAGCUACAGAAAAACUACUACUUUUUGUGCAAGUGUGAAAGAUGUUUAGAUGAAAAAGAGCCGGUUGAAAUGAAUGCAGGUGCUUGUUCAAAUGCAAAAUGCAACGAAUUUAUCGACUUUGAAUCGCUUAAAAAGUAUCCAACAAACUGCAAGAAAUGUGAUGAACGUAUUACAGCGAAGCAUUAUCAACAAUUCAAGGAUGUUAUGCAUGCAACUCGAAUGCAUUUGGAUUCAAUGAAAAUGUCAAGCGUUGCGUACUUAGAUAUUUGCAGUAUUCUGGUGAAGCGUCAGCGUGGUGUAUUGCAUCGCAUGAAUAUUUGGUUUCUGAAAACGCUCGAUCUUGCUUUUGAAAGUGCGAUUGAUUUUGAAAAAUGGAACGAAGCUCUCGAGUACGGCAUUGAACUGUUACCAGGCUUUCGUAAAUAUAACGGCGACUUCAACCCAUUACUCGGAUUACUUCACAUGAAAGUUGGAAAAAUUCAACUCUUUACAAACAAUUCAAAGGAGGCAUUGCAUAAUUUGAACAAAGCUAGUGACAUCAUAAAGAUAACGCACGGUGAAGAUCAUAAUUUGUACAGAAACGAGUUGGUGCCACUUUUGAUUCAAGCGGCCUGCGAAAGUGAACCGAAUUCCGACAGAAACUCAGAUCAAAAAUAAUUUGUUACUGCGAUAAGCGAUUUUGUAUGAGAAAAAAAAUACAUGCUGCACGUUGUUAUAAUAAACAAA